CUGCGGUGCCUGCCCGGUAUCUCGUCGAAGGGACCGCCGUGCACCACGCCCACCAGGACGCGCGCGCGGCCUUUCGACUUCGGCCGACGGGACCGAGCGAUGUGCCACACACGCUUCCUUAUCAGUCCGAACGACAACGGGAUCCCGGAUCGCCGACGUCGCUCGUCGUACUACAUACACCGAACUGCCGGCCGGUAUCCGAUCGUCAGCGUCACAGUCACCCGCUGCAGCGUUCACUCAGCCCGCCCGACCUCCAACACAAUAUAAUAUUACUGUGUAGUAUUGUUUUCUGCCGUUCACGUAUUACAUCUCGUGAGUCCCGUCGAUCCCUUAGAUCCUGUAGAUCCGUAGAUCCCGUCGAUCCCGUCGUUGUCGACUUCUUCGCCGGAGAUAGGAGCCGGCUAGUUCUUCGAUAUACGACCGGUCCGCGUCGUCCCGAAGGAGAAGGUCCUUUCCUCCGUUAUCGCGUUACCGGCAACGACGUCCCCCGCACCGUACCUACCACACGCUGACACACCACUACGGCACAGAGGGGAAACGAUCCAUCAAAAAUUAAACCAUUUUUGAGCAAGGGAGCAGCUGGCGGAAUGUUCUGCUAUCAUUGCCCAGCGCCCCCAUUACACCCUACACCAUCGACACGGAUACCAUCAAUCGACUAUCCGUUUUCGUCCUCACAUCCAUACACUAGUUAUUCGUAUCACCCUGCAAUUCAUGAUGAUUCAUUUGUUAGGCGUAAACAAAGAAGGAACCGAACUACAUUUACACUACAACAGCUCGAAGAAUUGGAAACAGCAUUCGCUCAGACUCACUACCCAGAUGUAUUUACAAGGGAAGAUUUAGCAGCUAAAAUUCAAUUGACUGAAGCUCGUGUUCAGGUCUGGUUUCAAAAUCGUAGAGCGAAAUGGAGAAAAGCCGAACGCCUGAAAGAAGAGCAACGAAAACGAGAAGAACACGAUAGGACUGGUUCACUACAAGAACAGCUGGAUCAUAUGGCUAAGGAUAUGCAACAUUCACCGUCCACAAAAGCUAACGCAUUAGAAGGCGAACAGAGAGACGAUGGACAUAGUGGCAGCGAGCCAGACGAAGAUGCACGUACCAGUACUGUUCACAUAUCGGACAGAAGCGAAUCACCUGCCAGCUGUGGCAUGAACGGCGGUCCAGACGAUAGGCCAACGUCACCAUCGCCAACAGGGAAUGGAACCGUUGUGGUGCCAGAUUCGCCGACGCCUAGCCUAAGUCCUUCGCAAAUCCGACCACCCAUCAGUGUAGCAACGUCAACAUUCAAUCAUUCAAUAUUUACUCCAUUCUCUUCCGAAGGAAAUGGAUUCAGACCGGUAUCUGACCCUGCAAUAUCCAGACCAAUAUUCCUUCCGCCUCAUUUCGGAUCAUUACCAUCGCCGUUAUUCAGUGGCCUCAAAGGGUUCGGAUGCAGCUGUUGCACGAUGAAGCCGUUCGGGUCGAUGGCCGACGGAGGUGGCGGCGCCGAACACCGUUCGUCCAGCGUGGCUGAGCUGCGGCGCAAGGCCCAGGAACACUCAGCCGCGCUGUUCCACAGCCUACAGCACGUGGCCAACAUGCAGCAUCAUGCGGCCGCGGCCGCCGCGCUCCAAUUGCCCGUCGGUCUCGGGCUCCAGUUGCCGUCGCUCACGUCCACCCUGCACGCGCUGGCCGCCAACCGGAAACCGGAACAGCAAAAUAUGCAGCACCCGCAACCGCUGUCGCUGACCACAACCAGCACUACCACCACCGCAGCCACGACGGAACAGGCCACUUCGGUCUCGCCGCAACAUCCACCGACGUCGUCCGACAACUGAAUCUCGCGACCGGUCCAAGACCUAAAUUAUUAGGGGUCGUCGUCACAUCCCCCCCCCCCCGUGAAUACCUCGUCAUCAGCAGCCGGUUCACCCCACACGCGUACUCUUUGCCAUAAAUUAUUAUAUAACAAUAACAUUACUACAACUACAACUGUCGUUAUCAGUAUGCAACUAUAUUACAUAUUGUGCAGGAUGUGUGUAAAGGAUUCAUCACGAUUUCAAUUUGACAAAUGCAGUCAAUAAUAUAUUCUACAGAAACACGCUGAAAUAAAAAAAUUAAUAAUAUACAUAGUAAUAUUAUAAACUCGAAACCCGCUGCCGAGAGGUUUAAGAAUUACGUCGUUUGUACAGUAAAAUGACAUCGAUUAAAACAAUAUUAUAUUAAUCGUUACGUUAACUUAUAUUAUGUCGGUUUAUGUUCGUUUGUCCUUAUGUUUUUGUUCACUCAUUUUUUGUAUAACUCGUCUGAUAAAUGUAUCUAUUUAUCUCUCUAUCUCUCUCUAUUAUAUUAAACAAUAUUAUAUACGAUCUUCAUUUUCCCAUUAUAUACGUCAUUCUAGUAUUAUAGUUACGUAUUAUUAUUAUUAUUAUCAUUAUUAUUAUUAUUAUUAUUAUAUAUACACACACGUGACGUUAAUUUACGGAUAACAUAUUUAUAAUAAGUGUAGGAAAACUUUUACUAUUACGUGAUACGUGAUUUAUGUUAAGUAUAAAAUAUUAAUGUGAAAAAAAAAUAAUUAGAAAAUGGCGUCAGCAAUAGCAAAUAUGUUUUUGUUUUUAUUUUUUCGUUUAAUUCUU